AUGAAGCCUCUGAUGAUCAAGGGUCACACCCGACCUCUGACCAAGGUCUUUUACAACCGCGAAGGUGACCUCUUGUUCUCAACCUCCAAGGACAAGGUCCCCAGCGUCUGGUACUCGCACAAUGGCGAGCGUCUGGGUACAUUUGCCGGUGAGCACAUGCACAACGGUACCGUGUGGACCGGUGAUGUCGACUACACGAGCAAGUAUCUCGUUACGGGCUCUGCUGAUAACAGCAUGAAGCUUUGGGACGUCGAAACCGGCAACCACCUCUGCACUAUCACGGAGAACUCGCCCAUCCGUACCGCACACUUUAGCUAUGAUGGCAAGCGCAUUCUUUACUCGACCGAUAACAUUAUGGGCCAGCCCUGCUUGGUCAAGACGAUUGAUGUGUCCCGUAUGCUCCAAGAGGGCAGCGCUGCUGAAGCCGUUCUCUCUUUUGAUCACGGCAGCAAGGCCACGUGCUCCCAGUGGGGUCUGUGCGACGAGACCAUUGUCACUGCUGAUGACAAGGGUUACCUGCGCCGCUUCUCCGCGACGGCUCACUCGGCCGCCAUCUCGGACAUGCAAUAUGGCAAGGAUUUGUCCACCCUGAUCACCGCGUCCAAGGAUGAAUCAUCCAAGCUGUAUGACGCUGAUUCUCUGCAGCUGCUCAAGAUUUACGAGGCGGCUCGCCCCAUCAACUCUGCUUGCGUCAGCCCCAUUCGCGACCACGUCAUUCUCGGUGGUGGUCAGGAGGCUCGUGAUGUGACCACUACCCACGGCAAGCAGGGCAAGUUCGAUGCCCUCUUUUUCCACAUGAUCUUUGAGGAGGAGAUGGGUUCCAUCAAGGGCCAUUUCGGUCCCAUCAACACGUUGGCCUUCCACCCUGAGGGUACCGGCUACACCUCUGGUGGUGAGGAUGGUUACAUCCGCGUGCAUCAGUUUGAUGACUCGUACUUUGAGUUUGCUUAUGAGACAUAA